AUGGCGGACUCUCCAGCGAGCGCCCUCUUGCCGCUCUUCGCCCUCCUCGCCGUGCUGAUAUUCGCGCUCUUGGCGUGGUGCCUCCUCUCCUCCUGCCUCGGCCGCCCGAUCGUCGCCUCCCUCGCCGACCUCUGGGACUUCAUCCUCCUCAGCGCACGCGCCGCUCCCGGCGGUGCCUACGUCCGCCGUCGCCAGGAUCGCUCCGAAUGGGAGGAUGACGAUCUGCAGCUGCUCGAGCUCGAGUAUCGGGGGCGAUCGAGGAUGUGA